AUGACCAGACUUACAGUCCUAGCAGGCUUGUGUCUGCUGCUGUGUCACUUUGGCUCUGGCAAACAACUGAUAUGCUAUUUCACCAAUUGGUCCCAAUACAGACCUGGGAUUGGGAAGUUCACACCUGCAAGUGUUGAUCCAUUUCUCUGUACCCAUUUGAUCUAUGCUUUCUCCGUAAUCAACUAUGCUAAUGAGCUUACCACAUAUGAGUGGAAUGAUGAGGUUCUCUACAAAGACUUCAACGGCCUGAAAAACAAGAACCCAACACUUAAGACUCUUUUGGCUGUUGGUGGAUGGAAUUUUGGCUCCUCACAGUUCACCAUUAUGGCAUCCACAACAAGCAACCGCCAGAAGUUCAUUCAGUCAACAAUUGCUUUCCUGAGGACCCAUGGUUUUGAUGGACUUGACCUGGACUGGGAAUAUCCUGGAGCUAGAGGGAGCCCUCCUGAGGACAAGCAGAGAUUUACACUUCUGUGCAAGGAACUUAGGGAGGCUUUCGAGGCUGAGAGCCGGUCCACAGGAAGGCCCGGACUCAUGCUGACAGCUGCAGUGGCUGCAGGCAAAGGGAACAUUGAUGCUGGAUAUGAAGUUGCAGAGAUUGUCAAAUAUCUAGACUUCAUUAAUGUGAUGACCUAUGACUUCCAUGGCACCUGGGAGACAUUCACCGGACACAAUAGCCCCCUAUACCGUGGAUCACAUGACCAAGGAGAGCUCAUCUACUUCAACACUGACUUUGCUAUGAAAUAUUGGAGGGAUCAGGGAGCACCCGUGGAAAAACUGAGGAUGGGAUUUGCUACAUACGGUCGCACGUUUCGCCUGAGCACAGCAGCUAAUGGAGUUGGAGCCCCAGCAAAUGGACCUGCCUCAGCUGGAACUUACACACGUGAGGCUGGCUUCUGGUCCUACUAUGAGAUCUGCGAAUUUAUCAAAGGUACAACAAUCCAGUGGAUUGAAGAUCAGAAGGUGCCUUAUGCAACUAAAAGCACUGAAUGGGUUGGUUUUGACACCAGGGAGAGUUUUGAGACCAAGGUCCGCUUUCUGAAAGAGAAUAAGUUUGGGGGGGCCUUUGUCUGGGCACUUGAUCUGGAUGAUUUUAGUGGACAGUUCUGUGGCCAGGGGAAUUAUCCUCUCAUUGGUCACCUCCUAAAACUUCUUGAUAUCGAACUGCCACCUCUGCCAAGCACCACAACACACAAACCAGGCAUUACUACCACUCAAAGGCCAACCACAGCCACCACUACAACAACCACACACGCACCUGGGACUGGGUUUUGUGCAGGGAAGCCAGAUGGAAUCUAUGUCAAUCCUGAUGACAAAACCAAAUACUAUGACUGUGCUGGAGGAAGAACUUAUGACAGACACUGUGGCACGGGUACAGUUUUUAAUGAUAGCUGCAAGUGUUGCUCUUGGCCUUAA